AGCGGAGUCCGUUUUCUCUGUAAGUCAAGCCAGAGCCAAAUCAACCACUCCUCAGAGAGUCCUCAGUUCUCGCCAGCUUUAUAACGGCGCUUCCUCCACUCACUUCUCCCAUUCAAUCAUUCAUUCAUCUGGGUUUCUCUCCAACUGGAAUAGCAGAGAUUUGGUUUUCAGAUUGAAGAUGGUGGAAGCAGCAUCCAAUACGGUUCAUUCCCCUCUAAUCACUUACGUCUCUGUCGUCUCCCUCCUUACUCUCUGCCCGCCUUUCGUUAUUCUGCUGUAAUGUUUCUCUCUACUUCCUUCUUACCCUUUGAUCUGGAAUUCCUCUACUUGCCUUCUCUCGGAACCAUUACCCUGCAUCUUAACUUGUUUCUCUGCGUAAUUGGGGGAUCUUCCCCGAUCUUCAAACGUCGUUGUGGGAAGCUAAAGUUUGUUACUUUCCAUUAGAUAGUGGGCGGAAUGAGUAAAAAUCCACUUGGGAUCCUCACUGCUUCCACAAUCAGUAGGGAGAAACAUUGAUUCUGAAUCAGUCUGUUGGGCGCUGGAUACCACGAUUCAGUGUUUCUACUCAACUUGUUUAAUGCUAGUGUGUUGCCUUGGCUCUGUCGCCAAUGUAGUGAGUGAUUUCUUUUGACGUUUUCUUCUUGUUCUGCUAGGCGUUCUUUACCAAAUUGCCGAAUGCAGGUGCCCUUUCUUAACUUGGAAGUGGGUUUAAAUAGUGACAAAAUUGUGGAGAGAAGUCUCCAACAAGACAUGUCCUAAGCUGUAUCACGUAAUAGUUAUUCUUGGAUAUAUCGCAGUUCGCACUUAGCCAUAUCAGCUGAUGAAGCAACACGGUAGAUUAGCGGAUGUGCAGCUUAUUGAACUGUUCGAUCUAUAAUUUCGCUUUUCUUGAAGCAUGGGACGUGUUAAUCUGAGUAUGUUGGAAGUUACUGUAAGUUUGGAGUUGGGUAUAAAGAGUGGACUGUUUUUUUGCACUGCCCACUACAGAUGGUAUACGAUGGUGCAUGCUGAUGGUUCGGUAUCCCAAACGUGGGAUUAUCUGAAUGGGAAUGGGUUGAGGGGACUCAUUGAGAUAUGGCCGAAACCAACUGCUACUGCCUGGAAACUGAUUGGUUGUUAUGCUGCAUUUGAGGCUGCACUUCAGCUUCUUUUGCCUGGUAAAACCGUUCAAGGACCGAUUUCUCCUAAAGGGAACCGGCCUGUUUACAAGGCAAAUGGCGUGCUCGCAUAUGCAGUCACAAUUGCUACAUAUAUUGGUAUAUGGUGGUUUGGGAUAUUCAACCCUUCAAUGGUUUAUGAUCAUUUGGGAGAAAUUUUCUCAGCUCUCAUUUUUGGAAGCUUCCUCUUCUGUGUUUUCCUCUAUAUUAAAGGUCAUGUGGCACCAUCAUCUACAGAUUCUGGCUCCCUUGGGAACAUAAUAAUUGAUUUCUACUGGGGUAUGGAGUUAUAUCCUCGGAUUGGCAAGAGCUUCGACAUCAAAGUUUUCACAAACUGCAGAUUCGGGAUGAUGUCUUGGGCAGUUCUUGCAUUGACCUAUUGCUUUAAACAGUAUGAGCUGUAUGGAAAAGUAGCGGACUCCUUACUGGUGAAUACAAUACUGAUGCUCGUAUAUAUCACAAAGUUUUUCUGGUGGGAGGCUGGUUACUGGAAUACAAUGGACAUCGCCCAUGAUCGAGCUGGUUUUUACAUCUGCUGGGGAUGCUUAGUGUGGGUCCCCUCUAUUUAUACUUCUCCUGGCAUGUACCUAGUCAACCAUCCUGUGGAGCUUGGAUCUCAGCUUGCACUUUUGAUAUUGGCUGCUGGUGUUCUUUGCGUAUAUGUCAACUAUGAUUGCGAUAGGCAAAGGCAGGAAUUCCGCAGGACAAAUGGGAAGUGUUUAGUUUGGGGAAAGCCUCCGUCGAAGAUUACGGCUUCCUAUACUACCACAACUGGGGAGACUAAGUCGAGCAUUCUCUUGACAUCAGGAUGGUGGGGCUUAGCUCGGCAUUUUCAUUAUGUUCCUGAAAUAUUGGCUUCCUUCUUCUGGUCUCUGCCUGCGCUUUUCAACCAUUUUAUCCCUUACUUCUAUGUGAUAUAUCUCACCAUCCUUCUUGUGGACCGUGCUACAAGAGAUGAUGAUCGCUGCCGUUCAAAGUAUGGGAAAUACUGGAAGACGUACUGCGAUAAGGUUCCUUACCGCAUUAUUCCUGGAAUCUACUGAAGUUACAUAUCCAAUGAACCUGACUUGUAUACCCGAAUGCUGCGUUGAGGUAGUCUUAGCCACUGGCCGUCUGUUAGGCCAUCGAGUGCUCUAAUUUACGAAAUGUAAUGCAAACUACGUACUGCUAUAUUUGGGCGACCUAAAAGUUUUGGCAUUUUUGUAAUUUGUAACGCUUCUGCUUAAAUUUGAUUAUGCAGCUUCUAUUCUUCGUUUUGCUAGCAAAGAUCGGAAUGAAUCCACCCUCCAGACCCCUCUUAUUGUUGGUGUUCAUUCUAUUCUAUCUUCUUGAUGAGUGGCUGCAGCACUGAGUUGUAUGAUGCUACUCGGCCAUCUAUAGGGCGACUUAAUGCUGGUUUUGGCAAGUUGAUUGAGAAUGGAGGGACAAAAUAGUCACUUUUCAGUGCUAUUGACUGCUGUCUAUUUUUAUACCCGCACUUGUGAUUUACUGUUUACCGGUCUGAAAAUCCGUUGCCCAGCCAGCCGGACUGACUCCUAUCCAGUUCAAUAGAAAAGUUCGCUUGCUCGCUUACCUCUAUCCUCUCCUCUUAUCUGUGCCACUGCUACAUUAUCAGCUUGGGCACUCUCGUUCGUCUACUGGGUACGUCUCUGAUUUCCCAUUUUCGUCCUUACUCUCUUUCUUGAUUUGACACGCUUCUUAAUGGCUUUCUGGGUAUCCGCAUUACUUUUGUUUUGCCUUGUUUUCUUUUCUGGCCUUGCUGUUUUCGUUUCUUGGCGAUACGAGAAUUGGAAGACAUUUGGCCGUUUUAAAGUGCGAGAUAGCUGCUGGGAGGAAAGGAAAGAUGAAGGAAUUAUCUUUGUGAAUAGGAAGAAGAGGAAUUCAUGGAUUGAGUUGAUAUUCAGUCAUAGUUUGAAGCUCCACCUGUAGGCCAUAGAUGUUUUUGGUCCUAAUACUGUAGCGAUUUUUCAUAGAGUUAGGGAAUUGGCGAUGUAGGCUGAUUCUGCUACAUCUGUGUAGUCUGCUACUUCUGUUCCUGAAACCGGCAUGCUAGUACAAGGUGUUUGUUCUUGAAGUUGCCUCUUUUUUUUCUUCUGGAGAUGAGAUUGAGAUGGGUUCAUAUAUGGCUCUUUCUGUUUUCCUCUAUUGGGUAGGAUUUGCUUCUGUAAUUAGUCAGGUAACUUGGAUAUAUGUCAUGUAAAUUGUGCGUGAACGAACUUUAUCAAAAAAUUGUGUCUGAACUUAUGAUUUAAUAACCUGUGGAUUCAAUCUUCAAGCAGAACCAUUGAAGUUUUCAUGGUUUGGUAUCUUUUUGGAAGGGACAAGAUACAUUUCUUUGGUUGGUUUUGUUUGCCCUGUUUCCUGCCAGUUAUGAGAUCCUUAUACUUCCAGGAUAUGCAGGUCAAAGAAGAAGAGAGCAGACAAAGACAAUGGCUCUCAUUCUAACCAAUGGUGGUACUCCACUUUGGUCUCCAUCUUGCUGUUGUUCAUCAUCAACAUCAUCCAAGGCCAUUACUAAGUUGUUCCCCAGGCUGCACCUGAAGCCCGUGAAUCCGCUGUCAAAACCUCUCGACGGACUUAGCUCUACUGCUGGCAUCGCUUCAGCGAGGAAUGCUGGGUUGAUACCGAGGGCAGUAGCUGACAUCGAUGAUCCCAGUCCAGCAAGCGUGGAGCCACCAAGCGAUAGUGGGGAUGAAGAGAGCUUGUCGAUCGAUAAACUCCCUCUGGAGUCGAAGCUGCAGCUGAAGCUCGAGCAGAAGAUGAAAAUGAAGCUGGCCAAGAAGAUCCGGCUGAGGAGAAAGAGGCUCGUGAGGAAGCGGAGGUUGAGGAAGAAAGGGCGAUGGCCGCCUUCCAAAAUGAACAAGCUGAAGAAUGUCUGAGCAGUUUUUUACUAAGUCCCUUGUCUAGCAGGUGAAAACAAAGUGAGGAUUUUUCGAGUACAGAUUUUGAAUACUGGUUUUGUGCAUCAUUCCUUUCCUUAUCUCUGUCAACUGUGUAGCUGUUUGAGAACGAAAUAGACUCCAUUAAAACCAGCUUCACUCUGCUUCACACUGCACAUUGCUUUUGUUUAGUAAUGGCGCGUAAGCUUCUACAGUCAGGGCCCAAGCCCACAAAUUGGAAACUUGGAAACGAAAAACAAAAAGAAAACUCCCUUUCUCUCUCGGUUUCCUGGUUUGUCCACAACAGAAGCCUAGAGAGAAGGAGCGUCUGACAAUAUUCUCUGUACCAUCUCUCUCUCUCUCUCUCUCUCUGCAUUCACUGUUUCCCUCGUGUCCCGAGUCCUCCAUCUCUCUCUCCUCCUCCUUCCUUCUACUGCAUUGCUUUGCUUCCCCC